UCAGUCUGCCUGGCGCGUUGGCCGAGUUUGUAUCUGAGUUGUUUAGUAGCGGCUUGCUACUCCUCCUCGCGCUAUCACAGCGAUGUUUCGACGAUCCGCGUGUUUAGUGAUCAACAUGUCGCUGCUUCUCUCCAUAUUUUUCUUUUUCUGCUCUGUUAACUGUUCAGCUAUCCCGGCUAGAGCGAGUUCCAACCAGCAAAGCCAGCCGCAGCAAGUAACAGCAGCACCCAAGUUCAUGUCCAGAGGUCAAACAUAUCGGGCAGUAAUUGGCGAUACACUUGUGCUCCCGUGUGAAGUUCAAGAUUUGGGCUCGUACGUGCUGUUGUGGCGGCGAGGCAGCGCAGUGGUGACAGCUGACAAGAUGAUGGUCACCAGGGAUCCUCGCUUCCGAUUGGUCGACGGCUAUAACCUGGAGAUCGGCAACGUCAUGCCGCAGGACGCCGGAGACUACGUCUGUCAGAUUGGCGAGUACCGUGACCAGAUCAAUACUGUUGAAAUACUUGUUCCUCCAAGUGUGCGUACCUCUCCAGCUAGCGGCCAGCUGACGGCACGCAAAGGGGGCACUGUCACUUUGGAAUGUAAAGCAUCGGGCAAUCCCGUUCCUACCAUUCUCUGGUCUCGCAAGGAUGAUUCCCUACCAAGUGGAGAAAAGGCGUUGGAGGGCUUCUCGAUCACAUUGGAGAAGGUGGACAGACACCAGGCGGGUGUCUAUCAGUGCACGGCCUCCAAUGGAGUCGGUGAACCCAUCACUGUCGACAUGCAGCUGCACGUUCUGUAUCCGCCAGAAGUCGAGGUAGAAAGAAGCUGGGUUCACUCAGGAGAAGGCUAUGAAGCACAACUGGUUUGCAUUGUUCAUGGUGAACCGCAUCCAAACACACUGUGGUACCAAGACAGCUUUCCACUAGAACCAACAGAGAGGAGAACCAUGGAAUCGAGAGGGAAUAAACAUACGCUAACCAUUCGCAACGUCCAAAGCUCUGAUUUUGGCAACUAUAGUUGUGUUGCUGAAAACACUCUCGGGAAAGCAAAAAAAUACAUGGAAUUAUCAGGAAGACCAAGCCCUGCACAGUUCAACAGUUUACCAUACAGUAGAUCCAGAGACAGUUACAACUUGACUUGGCAACUGGAGAGUUACCCACCACUUGAGGAAGUCAGGCUACUCUACAGGAAGUUGAUGAUAAAUGAGACUCCACAUCACCCAGGCAACUGGCAUGAUGUGAUUCUGAAGCCAUCCAACGGUGAAACCUUCUCUCAUGUGAUGUCUUAUGACAUCAGAAACCUGGAAUCUGGAUCUGUUUACGAAGCUAUUGUUCAAGCAAAGAAUCGUUAUGGCUGGAAUGAGGUCUCCGAGUCAAUGCAGUUUUACACGAGAGGACCGAGUGAGGAUACCUAUGAUUAUCCAUCCGAACCACAUGUUGACAUGGAAUUGGUUGCAGCCAGCUCAUCAAAACUAAUGUGGCAGCCAAGCCUGCUGCUGACUCUUGCCGCAGUGUUCCGUGUCGUCUCAUAGACUAGUCAGAGAUACUCAUUUGUCCAAAUUCGAAGAGAUUGAUUGCUUGUUGUGAACGCUUCUUGUGUGAUGUGCUGUACUUUCAGGGACUAUUCGAUGUUACUUCGAACUGAUUUUGUCUUGAUUAGUGUACUAGCUCUCCUAAACAGGAAUUAUAAUAUAUGUGAUAGCCUGUGUAAUGUCGUUGAGUGAGCUUUCAGGUGUUCCAUGGACGUUCUUGAUUUUAUUUCGGGUUAUUUCAUGGUUGAUUAUGGAGAUAUUGUUGUGAUUAUUGAACAAUCAUCAUGAUAUCAUCAUAAUUACUGUAAUAUACAAAAGACUGAUCGCUUUACUACAUGAGGUUUUCCAAAACAGUGUAGAUGUAUUGUGACAGGUUGUAGUUUUGCUACAAUCUGAGACGUUCAUGAAAAUCAGUUAACGAGAACGAAUUGGCUGAUGCUAUUAUUGUAUUAAAGCGAUAUCGUAGUUUAUCAGGGAUUAUCUUAUCAGUUUGUUUGCUGAAAAAAUAAAUAAUUUAUGUGGGCUUGCUUCUCUAAGGCUGGCCACCAACGGUAGAACAUGCAUGAUACACAUGAUGUCAUACAAUGUUGCGUCAUGAUAGCGAAAGGAUUCGAGAACAAUUUUUUUGGGUUAGGCUUUUGUAUCUCCGAUUUUCAUUUUUCCUUGGCUGCUUUAUUUGAGGUUGAAUUAUUCUUCCAUCAUCAUAAUUUGUAAUUUUCCAGAUAUUUAUUUAUUGUUAUUGGUUGAUGAUUUUAUGUUGGAAGACUCUCGCUGAUGACAAUACAUACAUGAUGAUGAAGAUGUGUGUGGCAUGUUAACCGUGCAUGUACAUGCAUGUUCUACCGUUAGUGGCAGCCUUAUAUCCAGGUGUAUGGAUUAUGGAGUGUAUUAAUUAGUUGAAGAGAUGUGAUGUGAACUAUAAUUUAUGUGUUUUGGAGCGGUUUGGAUACGAUCAAAUUUCUCACCCCAUAAAUUAUAUAAAGUUACUGACAAGACAUUUAUAUUAUUGUCAAGAACUCUUGAAGAUUCAAGAUUCCAAGUAUUAUUCAAUUUGAUGCAAACUGAUCGUGAACAAGCUGCUCGGAAUAGGCUAUAUUUUUUUUCUUUGGAAUGCUAAAAGAAUUUCAUUUGAAUGUUCAAUCUUCAAUCCCCAAUCUAAAAAGCACAAAAUCCUAUUUGAUUAAGGUUUGUUUAUGAAUGAUCCAGUCUUUUUUUCAUGUUUACCAUCAAGUCACUUGUAUCCUUCCAUUCCAAGUCAAAAACAGAUAUUGAUCUAAUAAAAUUGAAUUUCUUCUUGAUCCCUAUGAGCCUUUUUAAAAAAAUUGAGUCUUGAUGAAUCAUGAUAAACCAGGCUACAUCUUCUAUUAUGUAUUAUUGUUUUUGUAGCAUGAAGCUACCAAAUGUAAUGGUGCAUUAAUAUUUGGGAACUUGCAUUGAUCGAGAUUCAAUCCGUUUCAUUUCCAUUUUUUGAUUGACUGAGUCUUUUAGGAUUGACUCAGUCUAUUCAAUUUCUAGAAUGAGAUGGUUGUCAUUCAAAUUGACAAUUUAUGCUCAGUGUAUAAAUGAAUUCGUUGCAAUCAUGAAACGCUCUUUUGAUGUGGAAAUAGCGAGUCUUAUAUUGCUGGUUCGAUCAAGAAUGAUCUUACAAUAGAAAAUCUUACCAAAUGCUCGUUUGAGGAAAUAUUAUAGAGUAGCUUUUACCGUACAAAAGAAUAUAGAAUCUAAACGACUGAUUUGGAAAAAAAUUGAUUGAUUGAAUGAUUCGGCAAUUCCAAAGCGCAUUCUCAAAGAGAAUGCUUCAUUCUUAAUGAUCUGUGCGAUAAAUUGAUGUGUUAGUUUGGAAAACGAAUCUUUAAUGAUUUUCCAACUGUUCAUAUAAUAUGUUUUAGAUGAUUAGAGUUCGGUGUCGUAGCUUUCUACAAUAUUAUUUCCUACAGUUCAAAUUUCAUAGUUUUGUAAAUCACAUUCAUUCGAAUAACUGUAAAAAUAAUAUUAGAAUUUGAUGGAUGAAUAUUAGUUAAGCUAGAGUUCUUAGUUUCGAUUUACUUAUGAUUGAGCUGUACUUCAAGAGAUCUUAUCAUCUAUUUAAGAAUCUAUCCUUCUAAAACUGAGUGAUUGUAGUGAAUUUUAAAAUUAUUGGUGUAAGAAUUCAUCACUUCAUUGGUACGGUAAUAAAUGGAUUCAAACACUACUUUUUAAUAAUUUCAAUCUAGAUAGAAAAAUUCAAUCAAUCGUUGAUAUGUGUAAAUUUUUCUAUUAUUACAAUAUAAAGUGUUUAUUGGAUGUCUCUUUAAAAUUUGAAUGUUUGGAAAACCUAUCAUAGAUUAGCCUAUUAAUGACUGUAAAUAUGUUACCUCUCUUAUAUCAUAGUUUUAUCUGAUCACUAAGAGAUGUGAAUUAUUUUUAUAAUUUUUAUUAAUGUGAGUGUGUAUGUGUCAUUGUCAUUCUAAUCAUCCAAUUACUUGUAUUUCUAAAUGUAAUGUAUUUAUUUAACAUGACUUUAUUUCUAUCCACUAUGUGCGGAUAGGAUAGUUGUACCAAUGCAAUUGUAAAUUAAUGAUUAUUUUGUACAAAUGUGUAUAAAUUAUCAAACUUUAAUAGAACAUUUUCUAUGACUUAG